AUGAAUCAGUGGCAGCUUUCAUACCAGUCGCCGGUGGAGCUCACCGAGCACCUGCGCAAGUCGUAUUGGGCUUACGACGCCAAGGAGAAGAGCGCGACGAAGAUGGCGUUUGACCAGGACGUCAAUCUGAUCUGGGUGGGGGACACAUACGGACGGGUGUCGUCGUACGACCCGUCAUACUCGCUAUACACGCGGCACACGGCACACAUCGGGGCAGAGCCGGUGGUGGAGUUGCUGAGCCACAAGCAGGGCGUCUUGUCGCUGGGCGGCGAGUCAUUGAACUUCGCGAACCGGCGCAGCGUGACGAAACUGCACGUAACGUCGGCGGACAUCGCACAACUAUGCGACAUGCGGGCGAUGUGCUACGGCAGCAACUCGCAGAACACGGUGUACUGCGGGGGGACGAACCUGGCGAGUGGGCUGGUGGCGGUGGACCUGGUGAAGGGGCGGUUGAGCAACACGGUGCAGUACUCGUCGAAGGUGAAGCUGAUGCAGUCGAGCAACCGACUGAUGGCGGUUGCGCGGCAGAACGGGAUGCUCGACCUGCUGGACCCAAACAGCAACACGGUGGUGAAGACGUUCUCGGGGCACUCGUGCAUGGUCAGCUCGAUGGAUUUCCGCGACCACACGCUGGUGACGGCGGGGAAGUCGAAGCGAUUCAACAUGAUGUACCCGGACCAGUUUGUGAACGUGUACGACCUGCGGAUCAUGAAGCAGCUGCCGCCGAUCUCGUUUUCCAAGAACACGGAGUACAUGGGGAACGGGGCAUGUUACAUGGUGGGCGCGGACUUCGUGCAACUCCAUCCGAUUCUCCCGACCGUAGUGGUGAUCGGCUCUGUUACCGGCGCGUUUGACUUUGUUGACCUGUCCAACCCGACGGUCCGGACCCAGUACUGUCACCCGUGCCAGUCGGUGACGCAGCUGCAGCUCUCGCCGAGCGGCGAUUACAUUGCAUUUAUCGAGCACGAUAAUAACAUAAACAUGUGGUCGAGGUCCAACGGCAUGACUGGAUUUACCAGCACUGCGACCACGAUUCUGGAGUACCCGGACUACCCAGACGACGGCAUUCUGGCUGGCGCGACCUCCAUCGACGACUAUAGCUAUCCGCUGAGCAGCGUGGGGCUUCCGUAUUACAAUGAGAAGCUGUUAUCCGCGUGGCACCAGACGGUAUUCCGUAGCGAUGGGACGAUCCCAAUGAAGGUACCACUGCCUCCCAAAAGCAGUGCUGCCAGCAGCUCGCACACGGCACUGAGCACAUCCUCUGACUCACGACCGAAUACCGCGCGCUCCGGAAAUCCAUCAUCUGGCGGGCAGAAGUAUCGAUUGCUCCCGUACGACAGGCAUAAGUACGGCCAUAGGAAUGUGGCGGUACCGUAUAGAUCGCUGCGGGAGCGAAAAAAGAAGCUUUUAAUUACCGACGAGGAUGGCAAGGACAAACAAGAAUUAAUGAAUUACAAGCCUUCCAAUGACAGAGAGGUCCCCCCUGCAUUCACAAAGCUGCAGAUGGUAUACGGUCGUUUUGGCGUGCAGGAUUUCGACUUCAAAGCAUUCAAUAAAACAAGGUACUCUGGGUUGGAAACUGACAUUGACAAUGUGUAUACCAAUGCAGUGCUGCAAAUGUAUCGCUUUGUUCCAGAGGUGUACAACUUCCUUGUUAGCUGCCUGAAGAUGGAAAAUUUCAGCGACAACUCUUUGCUCACCGAGUUGGGAUCUCUUUAUGAUAUGAUGGUCCGAGCAAAUGGGGAAAUAUGCCGUUCCAGUAACUUCCAAGAGGCACUCGCAUCCAUUCCUAAAAGUUAUCUACUGGGCCUUAUCACAGACUCGAUCGACAAUGCUCUGGAACCGAACACAACCGUCUCGGGAACCUCAAUUUCCGACUCGGAUGCAUCGGGCAGUUCCAUGACUGCGAAGUUGGAGAGUAUGGUUCUCGGUGACGACAAAACAACUAUUUCCUGCCACGACAACAACGAUAAUUCUCUGACUACCCCACAAAAGUUUAACACGUUUUUAUUAAACAGGUUACUAUUUGAAGAAUUGCAAAUGAAAAUCAACACAACGCAGAGCAUUGUGUUGGAGGAAUUGCUUGGCAUCGAUGUGCAAGUCACAACCAGGUCCAUUUCACCGUGUGCGAACUUUACCCGUCGCUCUGACAUCAUUCCGGUGUUGACUGUGACAAGUCCGAUCAGCAACAACAUCAAGUAUGUCAACAAAAAAUUGAAUAACCAAACGAUCCUUCCAUAUAUUGAAUCCUCUAUGAGUCGGUUGAAGCAUACGAAGGCAAUGUGUGAGAAAUGUUUCAAGUGCGAGACUGUAGAAAGCGAAAAAACUGUACGGAACCUCCCACCGUUACUAUCUUUGAAUAUUUCGUUAACGUCCGACGAAUGGGCGACAGCCAAGACAGUGAGGGGUUGGCUGACGAAGGAGUUCUAUGCCACCAUCUCCAAGGACAGGCCAAUUUUGAAGCUACAACCUACAGACCUCAAAACUACCAACGCGAUCUUUAAGUAUGAGCUUAAUGGCUACGUUGCACGUAUAUGUGACUAUAUUACCGAACCUCAUCUAGUGGCCUAUUCCAAGAUUUUCGAUCCUACUACAAGAACGUACAAGUGGUAUAUGUUCAAUGACUUUCUAGUUCAGGAGGUCGAUGAAGAGGAGGCCCUGAACAUCUCUUAUUGGUGGAAGACACCAGAGAUUGCCAUUUAUUCCGAUGCGGAGGAGCUGACAAAGCCGUUUGUUCCGGCCAGCUUUUACACUAUUAAUUAUAGUAUUCUUUACCGCGACCACUUCGCGAAUGGUAUGCGAGAAAGUAUCAAAAAGGAAUACCGAUUAUUAACUGCUGAAGAGGCUCCAAAACCUGGUUCGCUGGUUGCACUAGAUGCUGAAUUUGUGGCCCUGAGCGAAGAUCAAGUAGAAAUCUCGUGUAAGGGAACCAAAACUUUAAUAAAACCAGCAAAAACGGCAUUGGCCAGGGUUUCGGUCUUAAGAGGGGAGGGUGAUCUUGCCGGGGUGCCUUUCAUUGACGACUACAUUGUCAAUACAAAGCAUAUCGAAGAUUAUUUGACCAAGUACAGCGGUAUAGAGCCCGGCGACUUGGAUCCCGACACAAGCUCAAAACCUCUUGUUACCAGGCGGGUCGUAUUAAGAAAAAUCUGGUUGCUACUGCAAUUAGGUUGCAUCUUUGUUGGUCAUGGUCUGUACAAUGACUUCAGGAAUAUUAAUAUACAUGUGCCCAAGGAACAGACAAGAGAUACGGCUUUGUAUUACCUUCAAGGCAGGAGGUAUUUGUCGCUCAGGUAUCUUGCCUAUGCAUUAUUGGACAAAGAUAUUCAAAAGGGAAAUCACGAUUCCAUAGAGGAUGCCUACACGGCAUUAGUGCUUUACAGGAAAUACCUGGAUUUGAGGGAAAAAGGUAUUUUCGAAACAGUCUUAAAUAGGAUAUACGAAGAGGGCAGGGCAUCUAACUAUAGAGUCCCCGGUGACUUACAGUAA